CCUCGUCGGCCCCCCUCGGAUCCUCCUCCGUGAAUCAAGACCGUAUCAGUCAGCUCGCGGUCGCUCGCUUCUCCAGUCACUCGUUCAACUGGGAUACGUCCAUUCGUUAUUUGCAUUCGUCUCUCGUCGUGUCGUCGCGGUUCUCGGAAAUUGCCUAUAAUAAUCGUCGCGAGGGACCCGAGGAACGCACGAGCGGCUGCGGACACCGGAGUCCUCUCGGCGUGGAAUCUGCCGCGGUUCCAGCGAACAUUGAAGCAAUUAAAGAGUCAUGGUGCGCGCAGCAGUCGGACCGUUUGGAUCAUUGGAAUAGGUACAUCGACUAGUGCGACUGAAAGAGAAACUGUGGAACGCGAUUCGAGGAUGUGAUUGGGAGUCGAAGUUGAUCGUGGACAGAAUUCACGUUCGUGAACUCGCGAGGAUGAGGUCGAGAGUGAAUCUAGUCACGAUAUUGUUGACUCUCAGCUGCGUGAUUCGCAUGCUGGAAGGUUCGCGGUCCGAGGAGAAACACAAGACGUUUCCGGUCGCGAAGAAGCCGAUCAAAGAGGUUCACCACAAGGUUGCACCUCAAAAUACGGUUGCUUUGCGCGGAGAGGACAAAACGAAGGUGGUGAAAACUUUGACGAGGAACAAUGGACUGGGUUUAUCCAAGGACUACCUUUACAGACCAGAACGUCCUCGCCGAAGGAAACGGAAGAUGGAUCGUACGAUGAUGGCGCUGCUGAUGGCCUACAAACUGAAAUUCGUCGCGUUGAUCCCAACCCUGGUCGGAGGAUUGAUCCUGCUGAAGGCUACCGCGUUGCUUGCUGGAUUCUUCUUCGCGUUGUUCGCCGCGGUACUCGGGUUGAAGGUCAAGAAUUGACCCGACGGUGGCACGAGUCGCGAACGAAAAGCGAGGCUCCCCAAUCGAUCGAUCAUCGCAGUUUGUACGUUUCCGAUCGCGGAAAUCGCGUACAUCUCGCCGCGGUUCACGCGAUCAUGUUUAACCCUUUUAAUGCCGACUGCAAAAAUUGUAGUAAUAAUAAUUAAACUCUUAUAAUUUCAUGAUAAAAUGUUUUACAGCCUAUAAUCGUUCUUAGAAUUUAAACUGCUUAAUAAUAAAUUUAUUUUAAGACAGUUCUUUCGGAAUGCGAAUAGUAAUGGCGCCAUUGUAUGUGCAACGAUGUAUCGUCGUUGGCACUAAAAGGGUUGAUAAUUGUAAUGCAUAUAGAUAUUAUGUAUCCCGUUGUAACGAAUGAACAAGCGAUGAAAAUGA